AUGUCGAGAUUCGAUAAGUUUCUCAAUCCCGCAUUCUGUGCGAAUAACACCAACUCGCCAUGUCCCAACAAGACCUCUAAGGCCAACAAUGCUUGCGGCCGCUGCUACUUAGUUGUGUACUGCGGCAGAGAAUGCCAAAAAGAGCAUUGGCCCACGCACAAAGAGGAUUGCAACAACAUUUUGGCGCACGCUUCAUGGAAGCCAGGCUGGCAUACAGAAGAGCGAGAGCCAACCUUCUACAAAAAGCAGGACCCACCUGAACCCUAUGUGAAUGAUGACAAAAUAGCGUGGUGGGGAAGCAUGCCAGCAUUGGAUUUGCUGAAACUGGAUGAAAAUGAAGGCCAGAAUGCGUCUCCCAAGAUGCGUCUUCUUCUCACAUCAUCGCACGAUAUUCGAAACAUCAUCGAGACAGUCGCUCGUCUGCCGGAUACGUAUUCAGGACAAUGUGAGAUCGUGAUGAACGGCAUCCACGCUGGGAUUAUCUCGCAGAAUAUCAUGCUUCUUUUGACAGCUUUUCAUUUUUCACCAGAGGACGCCGUACCUAUUAUGAUUCACUUAUGGUAUUCAGCUUUGAUACCCGCGUCCGCUCUUGCAGCACUUCGGAAAAAGCUGCUGCCGUUGGUUGAAGAAGUCUGCUCUGAGGCUGCACAGAAACGUUCGAUUCAGUUUUUCAAAGGGUUCUGGAGGAAGAACAAAGCAUGCUUACAAGUAGAACUUUUGAAAGAGGAGUGGGAACGUCUUCGGGAAUCGUUUCAGGUUCCUGGUCGUUUUUCUGCUGCCAUGGCUACUAGCAAUCGACAGGACGUGACAUUGGCGACCAAGAGAGAGGAUUCACUCCAUAGGGUUCUGUACGCGCAGCCUCGGCAUUGGCGUAUCUCCACGAUGAAGUUCCGCCGUGAUGGCAUACUGUUGCCUUUUGGGUGCUCACGCAAAGAAUUUGACACCCCUAACCCGACAUUUUUCAAUGCUAGUCGUUCUUGGCCUAUGCCAGACACUGCAGAUCCGCGCACCAGCUGGAACCUCCUGGAGGUAUUCACUGGACCGUACACCGCGACUUAUCCUGCAAAGAAUGAUGUAUACGGCAUGCUAUUCAUCUAUCUUCGAGAAACUUUCUUGCGGUUCUGUCGCCAAAUUGCAAAGCGAGAUAUUCUUAUCCGACUUCUUUCUAUCGAUUCACUAGGCCUACAGCAAUAUUUGGACCAGCCAGCUGGACAUGGAGGGUUUGACAGAAUUGAUGCAUACGUAGCGGCAGAAAGAGACGUGCUCGGGAUUAACGUUCUCCUCACCUUACUUAGACCGAUGUUGAAGCCAAAGAUUCAAAACCCAAAGGCCAUGAUUCUUGUCCUCUUUAUGCGGGACGUUGAGGACAUGUGGAAUAAUAGCUCGCUUAGCAAGGAUAUGGCUCGUGCUGCGAAAUACCUCCCUGAAGCCGAAUCGACGGAUUACAAUGAUCCAGACAACAUGAGGCACAGGAGAUCAAGCUCUUUUUUCCGCAAUGUCAGUAAGUUGUUCGAUCUUUACAAAAAGUCGGCAGGGUUUGAUACACUCACCGACAAACAUGGGUUGAAGAUGAGGGGCAACAACACAAUCGUGGCCCACUGGCCACUGCGACCUGGAAAAAACGCCCCUCAGGAGGUGUUUGAUAUCCUCGAGGCAUCCGGCGCCAGUGGCUGUGAGCGCUACGUUGAGUGGGAGUGGGCAUGA